GCAAAAACAACUCUUUUUCCAUUGGAUCAGUCAUAAAAAAAGUGGAAAUGCAAUGAGCAGCUUCGUUUCUUGGUUUUUAGCAGCGAAAGGAAUACUCACCAAAGGCUUGUGAACAUUGCUGGAUAAAUCACUGGCUGGCUUAUUCAUCUUCAUAUGGUCAAUCGUGUUUCUGCAGGACCAAAGGAGCAGAUUGGUUAGUGAAGAAUGCUGUCAGAAGGGUACCUCAGUGGACUUGCCUACCGGAAUGACAUCCCCUGGAGUUGUGCGUCUUAUAAUGAGAACAUGGCUGAGGAAAAGGAAGAAGAGACUAACUCUGCUGCUCUUUGCUAUUCCUCUGUGGAUGAAACACAAGUCGGAAGUCUCUACCUGAGCUGCAAAUCCUCCGGCAAGUUCAUUUCUUCAGUGCAUUCAAGAGAGAGUCAACACAGUAGAAAUCAGAGAAUCACAGUGCUACAGACAAAUCCCAAUCCUGUGUUUGAAAGCCCAAAUGUGGCUGCAGUUGAAAUAUGUAGACACCCCAGCAGAGAGACUUUCUUGGUUCCACCUUCCUGUAAAAGUAUUUGCAAGAAUUACAAUGACUUACAUAUUGCAGGGGGCCAGGUGAUGGCCGUUAAUUCAGUGACCACAGAUUUUCUCUGCGAGAGUAGUUUUGAAUACGGCCCUUUGCUGAAAUCAUCUGAGAUUCCUUUGCCAAUGGAGGAUUCCAUUUCUACUCAGCCCGGUGACUUUCCCCAAAAACCUAUCCAGCGGCAUUCAUCCUACUGGAGAAUAACCAGCAUCAAGGAGAAAAACAGCUUGCAAAUGCAGAAGCCUAUUUCUAAUGCUGUGCUGAAUGAGUAUCUGGAACAGAAGGUGGUGGAGUUAUAUAAACAGUACAUUAUGGACACCGUGUUUCAUGACAGUUCCCCUACCCAGAUUCUGGCAUCUGAACUAAUCAUGACAAGUGUGGACCAAAUUAGCCUCCAAGUGUCGAGAGAGAAGAAUCUGGAGACCUCAAAAGCCAGGGAUAUAGUCAUUAACCGCCUAUUACAGUUGGUGUCCACUGAAAUCAGUACUCCUAGUCUCCAUAUUUCACAGUAUAGCAAUGUGAAUCCAUAAUGGAGAGGAUGUUUCCAUUCCUCUUUGUCAACUCUCACAGCUAAAACAACACUUCAUUCAGUUAUUCUGAGAAUGUGGAGGAGGGGUUUGGGAAGGAGUCAAGAGCUAGAGAAGUAAACAUUGGCUGGAGGUCAGGUGUGAAUUAAGAGGAAAUCUCAUAAUAUUACACAUGAGGAAGGAAUGUGGGGAGAGGGGCUAUAAAGAGUGCUUUCAAAGCCAGGGUUGUAUAGCAACAAAGCAAAAAAGAAAAAUGAUCAAAAAAAGCAAAGGUAGGAUUCAUUUCAAGGAGUACAGAAAUCGAAAAAGAAGACAAGCCAAAGAAGAACACACAUCAUGGCAAAAGUAAAAGGCCAAAAGUUUCAGAGUAAAGAGUUAAGAAUGUUUGUUACUCACAAAGUCCCCCAAGUUGUUUUUUCUUGAGGGAAAUAAACUGUAGAAGGCUGCUAUAUUUGGGUAGAGAGACAGGUUCAAACAGUUUCAAAAUAUGUUUUUCUCUCUUUUCUAUUCUGUAUCAGUAGAUCACUUAAAAUUAUGUUCGCUAUAAACAUGAAAACAGUAGCAAAUUGCAAUUGUGUUUUUAUUAUCGAAUGGAAUGGUUACUUAGAUAUAGCCACACAACAGCCACUCAAAUCUCCUAAUUCUGUUUUCUAGUGGAGAUGAAAUUUCCUAAAUGGAAAAUAUUACAUAGUGAAUAUUAAACUAUUUUGAUUUUGCUAUGUAUGAUUUUCUUGGUGAUACACAGUUAGGAAUCUUAUUUUUCUCAUAUUCUUCUCUUCCUUUUCUCCAUGCUCUCUCGUCUCUUCUGGAACCAGGAAGGGGUCUUCUGUAUCCUAAAGACAAGGUUGCAAGGUCUAGGGUCUGAUGAUAUCAAAUUCUGUAAAUUCAUGCACCAGAAUGGUGGCUUUGUGAGUGCUGCCCUGCUCUACCUCCUUCCUCUAGAUCAGGGAUUGGCAAACUGGUCAUUGCUCAACUCUAGGCUGACACCUGUUUUUUUGUUUUUUUUUUUUAGACAUAAUUGACACAUAACAUUAUAUUAGCUUCAGGUGUACAACAUGAUUUAAGAUUUGUAUAUAUUACAAAAUGAUCACCACAGUAAAUCUAGUUACAUCAUUUUUAAGCUCCCAUGAGCUAAGACAUUUUUAAACCAUAUAAAAAAUGAAAAGACCAAUCAAAAUAAUAUUUUGUGAUAUGAAUAAAUUGUGAUAUUCAAAUUCAGUGCCCAUAAACAAGGCUGUAUUCGAGUACAGCCACACCCAUUCAGUUAUGUAUUGUCUAUGGCUGCUUUCACCCUAGGAUGGCAGAGCUGAAUAAACGUGACAGAGAACAGAUGGCCUACCAAAACCCUAAAACACUAUCGUCCUUUUACAGAAGAAGUUUGCCCAAACUGCACCACAGCAGUGCCUUGCCCAUAUAAUGCUUGCUUCGCUUAAUUCAGCUUCUCUGGGGGAAGCUAACUCUGAGAUGGAGACUGGUGAACAAGUUUAUUUGGGGGUGUUGGGAACAACCUCUGUGAUGGAGUGAGGAAAGCAGAAGAGGUUUCCACAGAGGCCUCAGGCCACCUCAGAGGGCUCUGGAGUUGGGUGGGCCUUCAAAAUAGAUCCAAGGCUUUUGGUUCUUCAGCUUGACAGGAAGGGGGCGUAUCCUUAGCUGAGGCAAUUCAGUGGAGGGCAAAAUUCCCAAAGUGGGAAUCCAGUGUGAGCCUUCAGCAGUCAAACUCUGAUAGCUGCUGGGGGAAUGAGUUCCUCAUCCAGAAGGAAGGAUCUGUGGAGAAAAACAGCAUCCUCUACAUUUCUCAGUAUUUGUAUCUGUAGAGUGAAUGAUUUUUUUAAACAACAUAUGAUAUUGUAUAAGGAAACUGGUUAAAUAAUUAUUCAGAAAUGUUAAUCACUGUUUAAAAUAUAUCAUAAUAAUAGCUGCUAUGUAUUAAUUACUUGCUAUGUGUCUG